AUGGCGAGUAUACUUGCAUAAAGGCUGUCUACGAGUGUGCCAUCGCUUUCCCGAAAGAGGCCGACUUGGCGUCUGUGGACUCGGAGAUGAGCCGACUUUUUGCGACAAAUGGUUUGAUGCGUAUUAUACAGGCUGAAAAUGGACUGACCACAGCCAGGCUUGUGGAAAAUGUAUCUCUUUCUGUAUUGGCUAUCUGUCAUAUGAGCAGAAUUGAGCAAUGCCUCGAUGAUAAGAGUUCACAACUUUUACAGGAGUUUUCGGCCCAUCUUAUGCUCUACCUCGUCGGCUCUGAUUUGGCGGACAGUUUGAAAAUAUCGUCGAUGUUUAAUCACCUGGAGAGCGUUAUUAAGACGUACGAUGCCACGGAGAGGUCUAUGCAAGAGGCUUCCAAGCUGCUGGAGGCUCUGUUGCCCUCGUAUCCGGGUCGUGACGACGAUAAAGUACAGAUUGCUUAUUCGCACAUUCCUGUGCUCAAGAAGGGCCUAAUUGCUUGGAUUCUUGCUUUGCCUAAUAGGCCUACACGACAUUCACACUAUGGACAAGUUGAGCUGCUACUAGACGCUCUAGUAUUUGCUACGCACAAGGGGCUGAGUUGGUCACGAAAAACGCUCAAGAAUGCGCUAGAGGCUCUGGCUCAAGAUGAAGAUAUCGUGAAGUUGGGCACCACUUUUGUAUCCUCUGAGCGCAUCCAGAAUGGCAUCAAAUUGAUUGAUUCCCUGAAUUGUGCACUUUUAGAUUAUGUGACAUGUAAACAGCUGCUUCCCCUCUUAUCCUUUCUGCUGUCGAAUGCCGGCACUGACUUGUCUGUGCCAAAUGAGGUACCGCUCUCUAUCGUACACCAGUUCAUCUGCGAGGCUCUGGUUCAUACCGACCACUCUGUCUGCCUAUCUCAAAGUGGUCUUCAACAGUUGCGACUGCUUUUCCACUCGCGGGUUGAGAGUUUUCGCAAACUAAACGAUAAGACGAUUGCUCUUCUGCUGCAGUUUAUCUGUGGUCCUAGCGAGCCCCGAGAACUUCAGCCGGAGGAGCGAGAACAGAUUGUUGAGCUGCUCAAGCAGCGUCUCUUCUGCUCGUCAGCCCCAGUCGACUUUGCAGAUUUCGAGGACAUGGCAUGCCUGCUUGACCGUCUCUCCAAGCCUGAUCCGGGCGUCUUCCAUCGCGACGACAACAUCGGAUUUCUCGAGCUUGAAAACCUCCAAGAGAGGUCCGAAUCUGCCUCUGCAAGCUGUUCCGCCGUUUUGGCAGCCUUCCAAAUUGACCAUCUUCCCGCUGACGGACUGCUGACUUUCUGUGAGGCAGUGACCCUGUUGGGAUGCCUUCGACUUUUGUUGUCUACUGAGGUUAUUCCACUAUUGGCCAGAGAGCAGGUCUCACCUCUGUUCGAGGUGCUAGAGGCCCUGACUCGUGAGCUGCAGAACACCACCGGUUGCAUCCAUCUUUCGUCGACCCGGCUUGUCCUUCUCAAGGGCUUUUCGGGCGAGUUGAUCGCCAUGUUGAGACAGCGAGCUGAGGACAACCUGAGGCUGGCAGUCGCCUCGCCCGGGGGCACGAGUAGGACAGAUGUUCAUUGGUUGUUGCGGAUAUUGUUGAUUUCUAACUUUCGAAUCAUCUCACAGCCAGUGCUAACUGAGAGUCUCGAGGCUACAGAAGAGAUGGGAAACUUUUCGACUGCCCUGAGCAUUGAAGAUGUCCUGCAAAGGGAGCGCAAAGUAGCAGACAUGCUGCUGUCCCUCUCUACAAACACGAACCAGCCGGAAGCU